AGGAAGCUUUCAGAAAAGUAGGACCCAAGCAGUAACCAUUAUUAUUUAGAUGGUGGGAAUUAAGUUCAUCUGUAAUUUCCUCGAAAUCCUUUCUCCCAAGCCCACAUCAUGUGCUUUUCCAUUAUUCCUGUUAAAAAUUUCAAAUUUCAUUCCCUGCAUUCAAUUGCUGUUCCAUCAAUUGGCUAGGACGAGAGGAUGGGAAUCAUCUGAAGGCCAGACGACCCAUGUAUUCGUGAGGGAAACAGGCUGCAGGAGAACUUGGCACUGACAAGCAGAAAUAAUAGGAUCGGUUGCUACAAUUUCUGAAGUUGGAAAGUCGUUAACAAUUAACAUGCUUUUAUUACAGUGGUUUUCAAUGUUAACAUUCUUUUGUGUGUGUGGUCCAGCAGUAAUGACUCAUGACUCGCCCACGGCCACCCAAAUUAUUGAACACUCACUAUUCAAGCUUUUGUAAAAAGAAAUUCCAACUCCCUCACACUGUUCAUUGGAAUCAAUCAUUUCUCUUCUUUUAUUUCUGGGGUUAUGUUAUUAAUAUCAUAAAGAGAUGGAUCUUUUUUAUUUUUGUUUUUAUUUAUAUAUAUAAAAGAAAAAUGUAUAAUUCGUAUACCCUUUUUCCUUGUUUCGUCAGUCCAAUUCAUGUCGGCCCGUCCUCCUUCCGCUUUUCCUUCCAAAACUUUUAGCUUUAGCUUUACCUUAGGCCCCUGAUUUCCCGGCGAAGUCUGUGUCAUCGACGCCUUCGUCCCCGCCACAAUUUCACUAUCCACUUUUUCCCUUCACAAGCCAAACUGGACACUAUACUCACUUCUGGCUCGCCCUUUUCGCUUCUUUCGUUUGACGCGGGGACUUGCUGGUGACUUUUGUUUGCGAGGAGCUGAGGCACUGGGACUAGUAAUUACUAUUUACAUCCAUUUGUUUGGCGCCUUAAUGUCUGUAUCCUGUACCCUACUUGGGAAGACUCUUUUGCUCCUAAGUUCUCCUAUUGGAACUCUUUGAAAUUGCUGCAAAACAGUUAAUUCUGCUAAGGAGUUCUUUCCACUCGGCUACAUGCUUAGGGUUUGAGUAAAAGGGCUUUUUAUACAUAACAAAGAGGAGGGGCCUUCUAUCUUGGAAGCUGAAUAGCGUUGCCGCUCCUCGAAUUUUUAUCAAUUUUGGUGUACAAAUGAUUUGCAAAAUGAGCUAGGCUUCUCCUUCAUGUAACAUCUACUUCUGCAUGGGUUUGUUCUGGCUGGUACGGAGCUGGUGAUCAAAUUUCCUUUUUGAUUUGUCGGUUAUAUCUUACAAGAUGAAAGCUCCCCCAAAUGGGUUUCUGGCCAAUUCUGGAGAAGGUGAAAGGAAGAAUAUUAAUUCUGAGUUAUGGCAUGCUUGUGCUGGGCCUCUUGUUUCGUUACCUCCAGUCGGAAGUCUAGUGGUAUACUUCCCUCAAGGCCACAGUGAACAAGUUGCAGCAUCGAUGAAUAAGGAGACUGAUUUCAUUCCAAACUACCCUAACCUUCCUUCAAAGUUGAUCUGCAUGCUCCACAAUGUCACAUUACAUGCUGAUCCUGAAACGGAUGAAGUGUAUGCACAAAUGACCCUUCAACCAGUGAAUAAAUAUGAAAAAGAAGCUUUAUUGGCAUCUGAUAUUGGCCUCAAACAAAGCAGGCAGCCUGCAGAAUUCUUCUGCAAAACUCUAACAGCUAGUGACACCAGCACUCAUGGUGGAUUUUCUGUGCCUCGUCGUGCAGCUGAGAAGAUUUUCCCCCCAUUAGACUACUCGAUGCAACCCCCUGCUCAGGAAUUAGUGGCUAGAGAUUUGCAUGAUAAUUCAUGGACAUUCAGACAUAUUUACCGCGGCCAACCAAAACGACACCUUCUGACCACUGGUUGGAGUGUUUUUGUUAGCACAAAACGACUCUUUGCUGGGGAUUCUGUGCUCUUUAUUAGAGAUGAAAAGUCACAGCUUCUCUUAGGCAUAAGGCGUGCUAACAGGCAGCAGCCAGCUCUCUCUUCGUCGGUCAUAUCAAGUGAUAGCAUGCACAUAGGAAUUCUUGCUUCUGCUGCUCAUGCUGCUGCAAAUAACAGUCCUUUUACCAUAUUUUACAACCCUAGGGCCAGUCCUUCUGAAUUUGUGAUACCUUUGGCCAAGUAUAAUAAAGCAAUGUAUACACAAGUUUCGCUUGGCAUGCGAUUUAGGAUGAUGUUUGAAACUGAGGAGUCGGGAGUACGCAGAUAUAUGGGUACGAUUACUGGUAUCAGCGACAUGGAUUCUGUGCGAUGGAAAAAUUCACAGUGGCGCAAUCUUCAGGUUGGAUGGGAUGAAUCAGCAGCUGGUGAACGACCUAACCGAGUUUCAAUAUGGGAAGUUGAGCCUGUUGUGACUCCCUUUUACAUAUGUCCGCCUCCAUUUUUCAGACCCAAAUUCCCUAAACAACCAGGGAUGCCAGAUGAUGAAUCUGAUAUUGAAAAUGCUUUUAAGAGAGCCAUGCCAUGGUUUGGUGAUGACUUUGGCAUGAAAGAUGCACCAAGCUCAAUCUUUCCUGGUUUAAGUUUAGUGCAGUGGAUGAGCAUGCAACAUAAUAAUCAGUUCCCAGCAGCUCAAUCUGGAAUUUUGCCGUCCAUGGUUGCUCCUAGUGCUCUGAAUGAUGACCCAUCCAAAUUAUUGAGUUUUCAAGCACCAGUACUGUCUUCACCAAAUCUCCAAUUCAGCAAAGCAAAUCAACUGAACCAAGUUGGCCAGUUGCCUCCAACUGCAUGGUCUCAACAGCAGCAGCUUCAGCAAUUAUUACAAGUUCCUGCAAGCCAACAGUUACAGCAGCAGCAGUUGCCACCCCAGCAGGAACUACAGCAGCAACAACUGCAGCAGCUGCCCCAGCAGCAGCAACUCCAGUCACAACAGCCACAACGGCAACAGCAGACCUCGCAAUCUGUUCUUCUGAACAACAGUGUAACCGCUGCUAACCAUUUGCCAAAUCCAAGUUUGCAACAACCACUUGUAUACUCUCAGCUACAACAACAACAAUUGCUUGCAGGCAAUAUUCAAUCACAUCAAACCAGCCAACCAUCUAAUAAGAAUUCAUUUCAGACAUCUUUAUCGGAAGAAACACAGUUUCAGCCACAAAUAGAGCAGCAACCUAGCCUUCUUCUGAGACACCAGCAGCCAACACAAUUUCAACAGGCCCCACUACAAUUAUUGCAACAAAGUCUGUCUCAAAGAGCACAACAGCAGCCACAAGUUCAGCAAUUUUCACAGCCAAUCCCAACUGAGCAACAACUUCAAUUGCAGCUGCUACAGAAGCUGCAGCAGCAGCAGCAACCAUUGCUCUCCCCAGCUAGCCCACUAUUACCACCUCAGCUGCUACAGCAGCAGCACGUUCAUCAGCAAAACCAGCAGUUACCACCAUUGCCGUUGCCCAAUCAGCAGCAGUUCAAUACUAGUGGAGGCAGCUUCCAAACAGAAAAACUUAACAGCAAUGGCUUCGCAAGUUUAGGUCUCAUGCAGUCCCAGCAGGCUCCUGUAACCCAAUCCCAUAAUCAAUUCAAACCAACCACGGCAAUUAGAGCAUACUCUGGACUGACCGAUGGAGAUGCUCCGUCUUGUUCAACCUCACCUUCCACUAAUAAUUGCCCCAUUUCAGUAUCAAACCUGCUCAAUAAGAACCAGCAAGGAGCAGCCACACUUGGUGGAGAUUCAGUAGUUGAGCCUGCAACUAACCCGACACAGGAGCUACAGAGCAAACCUGAUUUGCGGAUCAAACAUGAGUUUCCUAACUCAAAAGGAUUAGACCAACUAAAAUAUAAAAGUACUGUUCCUGACCAGUUAGAAGCGUCUUCUUCUGGGACAUCAUAUUGUUUGGAUGCUGGCACUAUUCAGCAGACUCUCCCACUCCCUACAUGUUUGGAUAAUGAUGUACAAUCACAUCCACGUAACAAUAUCCCUUUCAGUAAUAGCAUGGAUGGAUUGACACCAGAUACCUUAUUGUCGAGGGGAUAUGACUCUCAAAAAGAUCUUCAGAACUUACUUUCUAACUAUGGUGGGGGUGUGCCAAGAGAUAUUGAAACAGAGUUGUCCACUGCUGCAAUCAGCUCACAGUCAUUUGGGGUUCCGAACCUGCCUUUCAAGCCUGGCUGCUCAAAUGAUGUCAACGUAAAUGAAGCUGGAGCUUUGAGUGGUGGAUUGUGGGCAAACCACAGUCAACGUAUGCGUACAUAUACAAAGGUUCAAAAGCGUGGAUCAGUGGGUAGAUGUAUCGAUGUCACUCGCUACAAAGGAUAUGACGAGCUUAGGCAUGAUCUUGCCCGCAUGUUUGGCAUUGAAGGGCAGUUAGAAGAUCCUCAACGAACUGAUUGGAAACUUGUUUAUGUAGACCAUGAAAAUGAUAUACUUCUAGUUGGUGAUGAUCCUUGGGAGGAGUUUGUGAGCUGUGUUCAGAGCAUAAAAAUCCUGUCAUCCGCUGAAGUACAGCAGAUGAGUUUGGAUGGGAAUUUGGGUCACAUUCAGGCUCCAAAUCAAGCUUGCAGUGGGACGGAUAGUGGAAAUGCAUGGAGAGGGCAGUAUGAUGACAACUCGGCUGCAUCAUUCAAUCGAUAAGGAGAUGGAGCUUUUUCGUGGAUGCAUAGUAGACGGCCUAAAGCAUAUCAUGAAGUUGAUUUAGUUUAAAGCUAUAUUUCUUACUUCUCCAAGCACAUAUAUGGUUGCUACCUGAUUAAAUCAAAUCCUAGUUGCAUUGGUGAAGUCAAGCAUGCAAGUGAAGACAGCUUGACCGACGACAUUCUUGUAAAUUGUAACACUUAACUUGUUUAUAUUCCAAAGUAUGUAGCAGCUGGAGUAACAAUCCUCAGUAGAUAUGAUGAUGAGCUUCAAUUUUAAGCUGCACCUUAAUUGUGGUCCAACAUUGUAAUCAGAGUGGUGGUUUAGAGAGAAGGUAAGGUAAUGCUGGAAAUUGCAAUUUCCAUCACUGCAACAAUAGUUAGGAUGAUUGUACAUUUUUUCUUCUCGUGAUUGUAUCAAAAACUCAAACGAAGAGUUGCAUCUAGUCAAUAUACAAUUUUUGGUUAGGCUCAA